AUGAGUGGGCCCUCUGCAUACAAGAAGGCAGCUGGUGCUCCCGUGGCGAAGCUGCAGCUUGAGUUGCCACCAGCGCUAGGACAUGAGAUGAAGAGCACAGGACGCUGCUCGUUCGAUACUCAAGGUCGAUUCGCAGCAUUCGAGCAAGCCUUGGCAGGCGACGCGACUCUUUCGGCCUCUCCUCGAACACGCAACAUUCAACGCCUCAAGCCUUCGUAUAUAUCGCCAAGGGAGCAAGAUCGCUAUCCCCAGUUUGCAACAACAGCAGCGAAAGGUGCCGUGGCCGCUCGACUGGGACUGGCAAUCCAAGCCGCCCAACAGAACUCGCCCACCACACGGACACCGUAUCGAGCUCCAAGUGAUCACGAAUUCCGCGAUCCAACGUCUCCGAUCAAAUGGGCGCCUCAGGCCCAUGGCCGCGACUUCCAGACCAACUUCACAUUGCCCAGUAACCAAGACGUCCGACGACGCACUGCACGAGACCAGGAAGGAUUCUUCGGGGCAGCCCCAGCGAAGUCGCCACCUGGUAAACCUGACUUUACAUCUCGGGUGACGCACACAUCUCGCAAGAGUGCUAACAAGUCGCUGCGACUGGAGACAAUUCUUGACCAAGACGGACUACUACCUCAGCUGCAGGAGAUCCGCCAGCACAGAUAUCGGGACGAAACCAAGUCACCUGUUCCAUUCCUCGCCAGCUUCCGGCCGGCUUCACCUCUGAAGCCAAUGUCACCUCACUGA